CCGCUUACCGUCCUCGUCCUACGUGGCGCUUCUGUUACCGGCGAUAUCCCGUACUCCCUCGGAAAUGCUUAUGGAUUGACGGUUUUGUCCCUGGCUGGAAAUUCUAUUACUGGGAAUUUACCUCCGACGCUGGGGCAGCUUGGGAACCUCACUGUUCUAGAUCUUUCUGGAAACUCGGUCUCGGGUUCGAUUCCGGAGUCCGUUACUUUGCUCGGUAAGCUGAACGUUCUUGACUUGUCGUCCAAUUUUGUCACGGGCGGAGUACCGGAAUCUAUUGGUAGUCUUCAGUUGCUGAAAACCCUAAACCUUUCUAAUAAUAGCAUUAGUGGCUCGAUUCGCUCGAUUCCGGUUACUGUUGGCAAUCUUACCUCUUUGAGUUUGUUAGAUUUGAGUUUGAAUUCGAUGCUUGGGAGUGUACCUGACUUGGGCAAAUUGAAAGGACUGCAAUUGGUUACGUUGAAUGGGAAUACGUUUUCGGGGAGGUUACCGAAUUCGCUGUGGUCGCUGCAAAACCUGCGGUUUCUUGAUUUGUCGAGCAAUAAUUUCACCGGGGAGUUUCCUGAUGCAGUUCCAGCCAAUGCUGAUGCUAAUGGUACUACGUUCAAUUUGUCGGACAAUUUCUAUUACGGGGCGAUACCUUCUGGGUUUUCAAAAUUCAUUUUUGCGAGGUUUAGUGUGGUUGAUCUUUCAAAUAAUUAUUUCCAAGGGCUAGUUCCGGUGGAUAGUGGCGACAAGAAUGCUUCUUUGCGUUUGAAUUGUUUCAAAAAUGCUUCGCAGCAGAGGAGUUCGAUGAAUUGCCAGGUGUUCUAUUCGCAGAGAGGGUUAGCAUAUGAUGGGCGUUUGAGUCCUGCUCCUUCCCCUUUGCCUUCUAGCCCGUCGUCGCACAAGAAGAGCAACUGGAAGUGGAUAGUUAUAGGAGUGGUUGGUGGAGUUUUUUUGCUUGUUCUUGUGAUUAUUGCUCUUGUGCUGUGUAUUAUGAAAUGUAGAGGUGGAGCUCAAGAUAUUGAGCAAAGGGAUACAAGUCCAAAUGCUACUUCCACUGGAGCAGUUGCUCAGGAUCCGGCUUCUAGGGUUUCACCUUCUGGGGGUUUUCCGUCUGGGUUUUCAGUCAAUUUGACAUCUGUUGGAGAUUCAUUCACAUUUGAGCAAUUGGUUAGGGCAACGGCAGAAUUCAGUGAUACGAAUUUUAUUAGACAUGGACAUUCUGGAGAUUUCUAUUAUGGUGUCUUUGAAGGUGGGAUUCCGGUGGUAGUGAAGAGGAUCAAUCUAGAAACUGUGAAGAAGAAUGGGUAUGCUGUGGAAUUAGAAGUAUUUAGUAAGGUUUCGCAUGGCAGGAUCGUUCCAUUUUUGGGGCACUGUUUAGAUCAGGAGAAUGAAAAGUUUCUUGUUUACAAGUAUAUGACUCAUGGUGAUUUGUCAAAUGCAUUGUAUAUAAAGUCGGCACAGGAAGAGGAGGGGUUGCAGUCAUUGGAUUGGAUUACGAGGUUGAAGAUUGCCAUAGGAGUGGCUGAGGCUCUUUGUUAUCUUCACCAUGAGUGUAUGCCGCCACUGGUUCACAGAGAUGUUCAGGCGAGUAGCAUUCUUCUUGAUGAUAAGUAUGAAGUGCGGCUGGGUAGUUUGAGUGAGGUAUGCGCACAAGAAGGUGAAGGUCACCAGAAUGUCAUCACCAGAUUCUUGCGCUUGUCAUCACAGACAUCUGAACAAAGCGCCGCAGCUUCACCUUCUGCCACAUGCGCCUAUGAUGUAUACUGCUUAGGCAAAGUACUGCUCGAGCUAGUUACUGGCAAGCUCGGUAUCAGCAGCUCCAACGGCACCUCAACAACUGAAUGGCUAGACAAAACAUUGCAAUACAUCAACAUUUAUGAUAAAGAGCUUGUCACAAAAAUUGUCGACCCGUCUUUAAUAGUAGAUGAAGACCUUUUAGAGGAGGUAUGGGCAAUGGCAAUCGUGGCCAAAUCCUGCCUCAAUCCAAAACCAUCGAAACGCCCUCUCAUGAGAUACAUAUUAAAAGCUUUGGAAAAUCCAUUGAAGGUUGUGAGAGAGGACAGCACAGGCUCUGCCCGGUUGAGAGCUGGAUCAUCUCGUGGCUCUUGGAAUGCAGCAUUAUUUGGUAGUUGGCGACAUAGCUCGUCUGAUAUCGCGUCAGCUUCGGGCCCACCAUUAUCAUCGAGUUUGAAGAGGUCAGGGACAAUGAGAUCUCAGGGGAGCGGUGGAGAGCAAUCGUUCAAUAACAGGAGACCAUCAAAAGAGAUUUUUCCUGAGCCAUCAGGGACUCGUGACGUUGUAGAAGAUUGAAUUGACGUUGAUUUUGUUCGAUUUUUUCGGGUAAAUAAAUGGUGAGGUAAAAAAAAAACUUCUGCUGAUUCUUUUCCUCUUGGAUAAGAGGGUCAUUUUCUUGGUGGCGCAGCUUGAGUUGUCGGCUAAGUUUAGAGGAGGGUGGGAGAGGUCUAGAUAUGGAAAGUUGAAUUGGGGGUUUGUUUAUUUUUAUUAUUUUUUCUUAUCUUUUCCUUCUCAUUUUGGUGUAAAACAAGCUCCGAAAUUUUUGGUUUUGCUGAAUUGUAUCCUUGAAUGUGGUUCUGGGUGAUGUAUAUUGGAUGAUUGGGUAUCCAGAUCAUAGUUGUUUAUUUAAUCAGCCUUUUGUUAUUUUCAA